AUGGACGCUUCCCUUUACAAAUUUACAACCACAUCUCGUGGGUUCAAAUACCACUACUUCUCAUCCCCUCCUCAGGACAGCUCGAAACCAACAGUACUAUUCCUGCAUGGCUUCCCCUCCAGUUCUUAUGGCUUUGGUGUACUGGUGCCCGAUUUACUAGGAUACGGCCUCACAGACAAACCAAACGAGACCCCUGACUAUGUUGUGAGUAAGAUGUGCAAGGAUGUUAUCGAGAUUGUCGAUGUCGAGAAUGUGGGCAAACCUAUCGUCGUAGGACAUGAUUGGGGUUCAACGUUUGCAACUCGUCUCGCAAAUUUUCACCCGGAGCGUUUCAUCGCCUUCGCGUUCUUGACUGUCGCUUAUGUCCCUCCUUUUGUCAACUUUGAUUAUCAAAAAUAUCUGGAAACAACAAAAGCUGCUACUGGAUUCGAUCAGUUCAGUUACAUGGCAUUCUUUGCGGAUGAUAACGCACCCAAAAUCGUCGAGGAACAUUGGGAUUCGUUCUUCAGCGUCGCAUACCCCAACAACCCGGCCCCUAACACGUAUGCCGAUCCCCAUGCAGCCUUCAAAGGCCAUAUCUUGGCUAAUAUGCAGGGUCCCUUACCCUCCUACUUCACGGAGGAGGAUAAAGUCGAACACUCGAAGUACAUCUUGCGUGAUGGAAUACAAGGCCCCCUGCGUUGGUAUAAAGUUGUCAUGGAUCGACCCUCUUUGAUGGCUGCAGACGAUGAAACUAUCCCGCAAGAAAAUUAUAUUGUCACCCAGCCGACUUUUUACGGUGGAGGGACGUAUGACUACAUCUGCGUUCCGAAGCUUGGUCAAGCUACAAUGGAGAAAUAUUGCCCGCGUGCCACGUUAUACGAGAUUGAAGCUGAUCACUGGUUUAUACUGUCCCACCCCAAAGAUUUAUCGGAUGCGUUACUGAAAUGGAUCAAAGAUGAAGUGUUGGUAGGGGCUUAAGAAUCAGACAAAACAAAAUAAACGGACUAUAUAUAAAUGAAAGAAAUAAAAAGAGUCGAGCUA